AUGGCUAUCCACGCAAUACGUCGGAAAUUCCAUUUUGUAACCUCAAAAUCGAGCACGAUGAAAGUGUUGGCUGUAUGUGUUAGUCACACAUGUCCAUGCCGUGUGUUUGCACAUAAAAUGGAUGACAGCGACCGACUUGAGAUUAGAAGCAUUACUUUACAACACACUUGCAGUGUCGACGCAAGAGGAGAUUUCCACAAACAAGCAACAACUACGGUUAUUGGAAGUCUGAUGAAGACACGGUAUGCCGGCGUUGGUAGGGGACCAUGGCCAAAUGAACGCCGUCACAUACUUUGUCAAGAGUUCAGCCUAAACGUAUCUUAUUGGAAGGCAUGGAGAGCGAGGGAAAUUGUGAUGGACAAUGCCAUGGGCUCAGCCAUAGGAAGCUUUGCAUUGGUUCAACCAUAUAUCAAGCUGCUCUUACAAACAAAUCCAAACUCAAAAGUUGCCCUGGAAACUAAAUUAGAUAGUAAUGGAGUUGAUCGGUUUAAGUAUCUCUUCCUCUCACUGCACGCAUCAAUCCAAGGAUACGCCUACAUGAGAAAGGUAAUCAUCAUAGACGGUAUGCACCUACGAGGCAUAUAUGGAGGUUGUCUCAUUGCUGCAAGCACUCAGGAUGCAAACUUCCAGGUGUUCCCUCUUGCGUUUGCAAUAGUUAACAGUGAGAACGAUGACGCCUGGACGUGGUUCUUACAAAAGCUAACGGACAUCAUGCCAGACGAAGCAGACAUGGUGUACCCAAUGGCAUCGUAUGCGGCGUGCAUGGUCCACCUAAAGAGGAAUAUCAUUGCGAUUUUCAAAUCAGAGACUUUAGGAGCAUUGGUGUCGAGCGCAGCAAGAGUUUACAGACUAGCUGAUUUCAACAAAUUUUUUGCGGAGAUCAAUGCAAUGAACAGAAAAUGUGCAGACUACCUAACUAGCAUCGGUUUCGAGCAUUGGACACGAUCUCACUUCGUGGGGGAACAUUUCAACGUAAUUACAAGCAACAUAGCUGAGUCCUUAAACAAUGUGUUGACUAUGGCACGUGAUUACCCCGUUAUUUCGAUCCUUGAGACCAUCCGAACUACAUUAGUAACUUGGUUUGCCAUUCGGCGUGAAGCAGCACAACAAGAGGAGAACAUAUUGCCCCCCCCAAGCUAUUCAAGCACAGUCCCAAAUCUCCGUUUGGCAUACAAAACCCUCAUCAUGCCAGUGCCGGAUGUUGGUAACCUAACACCUUCACCCGGAGACGUUGGGGGAGGAAAGCUUGCUCCACCGUUUGUUCAAAGACCACCUGGACGCCCGCGCAAAUCACGUAUAUUUUCAAAGGGGGAGUUCAAGCGGACUUCACGGAAGCGGUGCACACGAUGCCAUACACUGGGGCAUUGA